AUGCCCCCAACAAGCUUAUUUUCCCCUGCCCUACGAAUUAGUUAUAUCAUGCAAUUGGCUGCCAGGCUAAAAACCAUAUUAGGUAGCUACUGUCACAUUGCAGGUAGUCUGCUUACGUUCGUGGAUGAUAUAGAAAUUCACCAAGGGACAAACUCGCUGAAGGAAUAUCGGUUUGGUUCGCAUACUAUACAGAUCUUUUUUUGCGGAAUCUGUGGUGCCAAUGUUUACAACAAAUCGGUGAAUCCAAAAUUCAGAUAUGGUCAAUGUGCUAUUAAUAUGCGCCUCCUACACGAUAUUGAUUUGGGGUCCAUAAAAAUCAGCAAGGGCGAUGGUAAGAAUAUUCAUCUGCCACCUUUAGAAGAGGAUCCACUUUAG